AUGUCCUCAAGCUACAAUAUUCCGUUAUACUCUCUUCUCCCUGGCGAGUCCCACAAUCAGCAGGCCUUGACAUUCGCAGGUCAGUUUUGUAUUGAAGCUUCAGUCGACGCGCGACGGACAGAUAUCGCCAAUAGGAGAUACUUCGCCGCGACAAUUGAACAUAAAGAUCCUGGAUUUCUCCCGAAAUCAAUUCUCAUCAGUGAUGAUUUAUUCAAACACAUUCUUCACCCUGGAAUCACAUACGAGAUUUAUGGUCAUAUAAUCAACCACCUCCACCGGUACCCGCCUAUGAUGUUUGUCGACUAUCAAACAUCAGCCCCCGAGCCCACGGACCGGAUGCCGAAAUCUACGUGCAGCAAGGCAGUGACAGUCAGCGGUACCGGCCACGUUAUGCACCGUUUUGACCGUGAGGCCUUUCAUGACGUUAUGGUCAUCGUCAAGCACCGGGACUACGAUCACGGGGCUUUAGAAUGGGUUGAAUUCUACGCCGAAUACAUAUGUGGAAAAAAGUAUAACGAUAAUUUUGACCCAACGCCAUUGCAAGUCGGCGCUAAUAUCCAGUUCAAAGGCCAUAUUAAGGGCUUUUAUGAGUCCCGCAAUACGUGGAUAAUUCGAUGCUCUCCCCUCAGUGGAUUCUUUCUCAGAAAGCACCCCGCCGCGUUGAGCUGUAUUGAGCAACGUUAG